GGUUCCAUCCGGUUCUCCCACCGCCCCCGCUGUGGGUCUCAGCAGCUCGGGCGGCGGGAGGAGUGGCAGCGGCAAGGCAGCCCAGUUUCGCGAAGGCUCUCGGCGCGCCGCGGCCCGCAGGCACCCGGCACGCGCCUUCCCCGCCGCCACGAUGCCCAAGAGGAAGGUCAGCUCCGCCGAAGGCGCCGCCAAGGAAGAGCCCAAGAGGAGAUCGGCGCGGUUGUCAGCUAAACCUCCUGCAAAAGUGGAAGCGAAGCCGAAAAAGGCAGCAGCGAAGUGUAGGUGGAAGUUUAGCACUGCAGUCAUCAGAAGAGGCAAGAUUAAUUUCCUUGACAUUGAGGAGUUGUUGGCUAAUUACUAAAUUUGUCCUUGUUAAAUAAAGGUAUAAAACAAAGACGUUUUUUCUUUUUUAAUUUAAAUUUUUUACAGAGCUGAGUGUAAAAAUAUUAACUAUGUUUUCUUUAACAGAAAGUUCUGUUUUUGUGAUCCUUUUAAAAAUAAAGCUUCACGGAAGGUAUGAGAAUAGUAUUUUUCAACUUUAAAUUUCUCAUUACCAGAAGACCAUGUGGUAAUUUCUCUGUAUACAGUUAGAACAGCACGGAAACUUGAAGGCCUAAAAAAUUAGCUGACCUUGUUAAAAAUGUUGGCGUUAGCGGUAUAUUAUUACCUAUCUUUUUUGAUUCUGUGUGUGUGUGUGUGUGUUUUUUAAACUAAUUGGCUGAAAUAUCUGCCUGUUUCCCUCUUUACAUUUUUCUUGUUUCUUUCCUUAUUUAUCUUUGUCCAUCUUGAGAUCUACUGUAAAGUGAAUUUUUUAAUGAAAACAGUUCCAAGUUUUACUCUCAGUGGGUUUGGGACAUCAGAUGUAAUUGAGAGGCCAACAGGUAAGUCUUCAUGUCAGUGUUUGUUGAGGAACGAGCCUAUGAGGUCAGUUUUCCCAAAAGGAAAAAGGGCAGAAGGGAUUUGUUCAUUUUUACAUCUCGUUUCUGUAGUACACCUUUGACUUCAUGGUUGAUCAGACUUUGAAGUCUAAACAGAACGUAAGCACUUGGUGUAUCGAUUAUCAUACUACACAGUAGACAUGUUUUCAAGGCAUAUCUUGUCACUGUGUGUGCUUCUGACUUGUAUCUUUCCCUAGAACUAAAUAUUUUGAAGGUCCAAACAUUAUACUUCGGGAAACUUGAUUGAUUUUUUUUUUUAAUCUAGCUUUUCAGCUGAUAAUGGUUACACGUGGUAUUAUUUCAAGUCCAAGGUAUUAUGUAUUCUAUUUUAACUGUUUCCCAGUUUUGUAUUUUUUGUAUUGGAAUGAUUAUGAAAUUAAUGAGAAAUCUUUAGAAAUCAGACUACAAAAGAGUAGUUCUUAAAUACAGAAGUGAUUGUGAAACUUUGUGAUAGCAAUGUGUGUAGUAGCAGUUUUGUCUCAAAUACAUUUAUCAUUUGUUACUCAAAGGAUGUUGAAGUAUUAAAAGUCAUUAUGCUGUCUGUGGAAUCCUACUAUUAGUACAGAACACCCUGCAGUGAUUUUUCCGCCCAUGUUAGCAUUGAAGUUGUGAGCUCUACUUGCUUGUCUUUAUGGCCCUUUAAUUCAAGUAAUUGGUCAGUAUCCGUUUGGGUCUUUUAUACCACCCGCUGGGGGCUAAACUAAUUUAGCUGCUGCUGUAUACUUACUAACAAGGAAUAAAUGUUAAGCUUUCUUCUCAGUAUUGAUGGAUGGUAUCUAAAAGUAUUUUUAUGUUUCUUUAACAUGGCUUAAAUUUUGAACUUAAUGUAUCAAGUUAGUAUGGUCAUAUUAAUACCUGUGCUUUUCAGAUUCUUCAAACACCUAAAUGAAAGUGAUAAAUUCAAAACUGAUCCUUUUAGUUCCUCAUUAUAUGAUAUGAAGGGAUUAACUGUAGCAGGAUAGUCAACCUGACCGUACGGCAUGGUGCUUUUUUUCAGGAUAAAUCUUCAGACAAAAAAGUGCAAACAAAAGGGAAAAGGGGAGCAAAGGGAAAACAGGCCGAAGUGGCUAACCAAGAAACUAAAGAAGAUUUACCUGCGGAAAACGGGGAAACGAAGACUGAGGAGAGUCCAGCCUCUGAUGAAGCAGGAGAGAAAGAAGCCAAGUCUGAUUAAUAACCAUAUACCAUGUCUUAUCAGUGGUCCCUGUCUCCCUUCUUGUACAAUCCAGAGGAAUAUUUUUAUCAACUAUUUUGUAAAUGCAAGUUUUUUAGUAGCUCUAGAAACAUUUUUAAGAAGGAGGGAAUCCCACCUCAUCCCAUUUUUUAAGUGUAAAUGCUUUUUUUUAAGAGGUGAAAUCAUUUGCUGGUUGUUUAUUUUUUGGUACAACCAGAAAAUAGUGUGGGAUAUUGAAUUAUGGGAGGCUCUGACUGUCUCGGGUGUCAGCUUAACAUUCCACAGAUGGGGGGUUAGUUUUUAUAUCCUAUAAUACAAAGCAUAUUAAAUGGCAAUAUGGAGUCAGUCCUGCAUUUAAUGUCUUGAACAUUUUAAAUUACUUCUAUUACCAUGUUGUUUUUUAGUAGAAUUGUUUCCUAAAGAAAACCACUCUUUGAUCAUGGCUCUCUCUGCCAGAAUUGUGUGCACUCUGUAACAUCUUUGGUUGUGGUAGUCCUGUUUUCCUAAUAACUUUGUUACUGUGCUGUGAAAGAUUACAGAUUUGAACAUGUAGUGUAUGUGCUAUUGAGUUGUGAACUGGUGGGCCGUAUGUAACAGCUGACCAACGUGAAGAUACUGGUACUUGAUAGCCUCUUAAGGAAAAUUUGCUUCCAAAUUUUAAGCUGGAAAGUCACUGGAAUAACUUUAAAAAAGAAUUACAAUACAUGGCUUUUUAGAAUUUCGUUACGUAUGUUAAGAUUUGUGUACAAAUUGAAAUGUCUGUACUGAUCCUCAACCAAUAAAAUCUCAGUUAUGAAAAUA